AUGGCCUGUCUCCCGCCCCUGCCCACCCGCCGCUCCCAUCCCGGUCCCCAAGGCACCAACAAGACCGUGGGAGGCCAGCCGCCGCGGGCUGAGGGGCUGCGUGCCCUGACCCCGGCUGCUGAGCGUGCCCGGCCUGUGUGCCCCGCUGAGCGUGCCCUGACCCCGGCUGCUGAGCGUGCCCGGCCUGUGUGCCCCGCUGAGCGUGCCCUGACCCCGGCUGCUGAGCGUGCCCGGCCUGUGUGCCCCGCUGAGCGUGCCCGGCCUGUGUGCCCCGCUGAGCGUGCCCUGACCCCGGCUGCUGAGCGUGCCCGGCCUGUGUGCCCCGCUGAGCGUGCCCUGACCCCGGCUGCUGAGCGUGCCCGGCCUGUGUGCCCCGCUGAGCGUGCCCUGACCCCGGCUGCUGAGCGUGCCCGGCCUGUGUGCCCCGCUGAGCGUGCCCUGACCCCGGCUGCCGAGUGUGCCCUGACCCCGGCUGCCGAGUGUGCCCGGCCUAUGUGCCCCGCUGAGCGUGCCCUGACCCCGGCUGCUGAGUGUGCCCGGCCUGUGUGCCCCGCAGAGCGUGCCCUGACCCCGGCUGCUGAGCGUGCCCGGCCUGUGUGCCCCGCUGAGCGUGCCCUGACCCCGGCUGCCGAGUGUGCCCUGACCCCGGCUGCUGAGCGUGCCCGGCCUGUGUGCCCCGCUGAGCGUGCCCUGACCCCGGCUGCUGAGUGUGCCCGGCCUGUGUGCCCCGCUGAGCGUGCCCUGACCCCGGCUGCCGAGUGUGCCCUGACCCCGGCUGCCGAGUGUGCCCGGCCUGUGUGCCCCGCUGAGCGUGCCCUGACCCCGGCUGCUGAGCGUGCCCGGCCUGUGUGCCCCGCUGAGCGUGCCCUGACCCCGGCUGCUGAGCGUGCCCGGCCUGUGUGCCCCGCUGAGCGUGCCCUGACCCCGGCUGCUGAGCGUGCCCGGCCUGUGUGCCCCGCUGAGCGUGCCCUGACCCCGGCUGCUGAGCGUGCCCGGCCUGUGUGCCCCGCUGAGCGUGCCCUGACCCCGGCUGCUGAGCGUGCCCGGCCUGUGUGCCCCGCUGAGCGUGCCCUGACCCCGGCUGCUGAGCGUGCCCGGCCUGUGUGCCCCGCUGAGCGUGCCCUGACCCCGGCUGCUGAGCGUGCCCGGCCUGUGUGCCCCGCUGAGCGUGCCCUGACCCCGGCUGCUGAGCGUGCCCGGCCUGUGUGCCCCGCUGAGCGUGCCCUGACCCCGGCUGCUGAGCGUGCCCGGCCUGUGUGCCCCGCUGAGCGUGCCCUGACCCCGGCUGCCCGGCCUGUGUGCCCCGCUGAGCGUGCCCUGACCCCGGCUGCUGAGCGUGCCCGGCCUGUGUGCCCCGCUGAGCGUGCCCUGACCCCGGCUGCUGAGCGUGCCCGGCCUGUGUGCCCCGCUGAGCGUGCCCUGACCCCGGCUGCUGAGCGUGCCCGGCCUGUGUGCCCCGCUGAGCGUGCCCUGACCCCGGCUGCUGAGCGUGCCCGGCCUGUGUGCCCCGCUGAGCGUGCCCUGACCCCGGCUGCUGAGUGUGCCCGGCCUGUGUGCCCCGCUGAGCGUGCCCUGACCCCGGCUGCUGAGUGUGCCCGGCCUGUGUGCCCCGCUGAGCGUGCCCGGCCUGUGUGCCCCGCUGAGCGUGCCCUGACCCCGGCUGCUGAGCGUGCCCGGCCUGUGUGCCCCGCUGAGCGUGCCCUGACCCCGGCUGCUGAGCGUGCCCGGCCUGUGUGCCCCGCUGAGCGUGCCCUGACCCCGGCUGCUGAGCGUGCCCGGCCUGUGUGCCCCGCUGAGCGUGCCCUGACCCCGGCUGCUGAGCGUGCCCGGCCUGUGUGCCCCGCUGAGCGUGCCCUGACCCCGGCUGCUGAGCGUGCCCGGCCUGUGUGCCCCGCUGAGCGUGCCCUGACCCCGGCUGCUGAGCGUGCCCGGCCUGUGUGCCCCGCUGAGCGUGCCCUGACCCCGGCUGCUGAGCGUGCCCGGCCUGUGUGCCCCGCUGAGCGUGCCCUGACCCCGGCUGCUGAGCGUGCCCGGCCUGUGUGCCCCGCUGAGCGUGCCCUGACCCCGGCUGCUGAGCGUGCCCGGCCUGUGUGCCCCGCUGAGCGUGCCCUGACCCCGGCUGCUGAGCGUGCCCGGCCUGUGUGCCCCGCUGAGCGUGCCCUGACCCCGGCUGCUGAGCGUGCCCGGCCUGUGUGCCCCGCUGAGCGUGCCCUGACCCCGGCUGCUGAGCGUGCCCGGCCUGUGUGCCCCGCUGAGCGUGCCCUGACCCCGGCUGCUGAGCGUGCCCGGCCUGUGUGCCCCGCUGAGCGUGCCCUGACCCCGGCUGCUGAGCGUGCCCGGCCUGUGUGCCCCGCUGAGCGUGCCCUGACCCCGGCUGCUGAGCGUGCCCGGCCUGUGUGCCCCGCUGAGCGUGCCCUGACCCCGGCUGCUGAGCGUGCCCGGCCUGUGUGCCCCGCUGAGCGUGCCCUGACCCCGGCUGCUGAGCGUGCCCGGCCUGUGUGCCCCGCUGAGCGUGCCCUGACCCCGGCUGCUGAGCGUGCCCGGCCUGUGUGCCCCGCUGAGCGUGCCCUGACCCCGGCUGCUGAGCGUGCCCGGCCUGUGUGCCCCGCUGAGCGUGCCCUGACCCCGGCUGCUGAGCGUGCCCGGCCUGUGUGCCCCGCUGAGCGUGCCCUGACCCCGGCUGCUGAGCGUGCCCGGCCUGUGUGCCCCGCUGAGCGUGCCCUGACCCCGGCUGCUGAGUGUGCCCGGCCUGUGUGCCCCGCUGAGCGUGCCCUGACCCCGGCUGCUGAGUGUGCCCGGCCUGUGUGCCCCGCUGAGCGUGCCCUGACCCCGGCUGCUGAGUGUGCCCGGCCUGUGUGUGCCCCGCUGAGCGUGCCCUGA